AUGAUUAAGUGGCUUGAGCCGCAGACACUCCGCUCUCUUGUCGUCUCACUGCUGACUUUGCUAGGCCGUCCAUGCCGCCGACUGUCCAGCAUUCAUGUGUACAAAGCAUCUGCCUGUUUGCCAGGAGUGGUCUUUGCUUUGCCGGCGUCCGGGCAGCGACCUGGACAGCUUCGUCAACAUAUUGAGUUCGACGAAACACACAGACACGAUUAUAUUGCAGUAAAUCCCUGGACGUAUUCCGAGCACCUUGAUUGGAUCGUGCAGGCACGAAACCGAGCAGUGGAGUCGGCCAUGGCCACGGCUGUGCCAGUAGAAAAGCCGUCAUGGAGACUGUCUGCAGAUCUCUUGCCAAGACCCUAG